AUGGGUAUUCACGGUUUCCACAUGUCUUGCUUGGCAUUCUUUCUGUUACUGUUCUUAUUACUGCCUCCCAUUUCUAACGCUAAGAGCCUCCGCUACCGUGGCCCUGGCUGGAAACUCUUCCACCGCCUGAGCAAGGACUCCAAAAGUUCCCAGCAACGCCAGGUUCAACAGAUGAGGCAAAACUGGAGCCAGGGUGAGAGCCCAAUGUCAGAGGACUGCCUGGGUGUUUUCGACCUCUACGUCAUCCUGGACAAGUCAGGCAGUGUGGGCACAAACUGGAUCCACGUUUAUUCAUUUGCGGAAGAUUUGGUGAAGAAAUUUCAGAACCCUAAAAUGCGGAUUUCCGUCAUUACCUUCUCAACGGAGGCCGAAGUUAUCAUACCACUCACCUCAGACAGAGAAGAAAUCCAAAAGGGCCUUCUCACUCUCCUCGAAGAGGUGCCUGACGGAUUCACACACAUGCAGAAAGGGAUUCAUAAGGCCAUAGAGCAGAUCAAAAAGGCCAACUCGGAAGGCAGCAAUGUCAACAGUGUGAUCAUUGCUCUGACUGAUGGGACACUGAUGGAUAAGCAAUUUAAGCAGACUGUGGAUGAGGCCCAAAAAGCUCGAGAACUCGGAGCCACCAUUUUCACCGUGGGUGUGCAUGAUUUUGACAAAACACAGAUGGUGGAGAUUGCAGACAGCCCGAGUCACAGUAUCGCGGUUCAAAAAGGGUUCUCUGCUCUGCAGAGCAUCGUUGACACACUUGCUGCCAAGACAUGUAUUGAAGUGUUAUCCGUGCAACCUUCCUAUGUGUGUAUAAAAAGUGCCUACCAAGUAAACAUUAGUGGACGUGGGUUUAGUAAUGCGAAAGACAUGAGCCAAGUUAUUUGCAGAUUCACGUUCAAUGACUCCAGAAUUGUUGAUGAAGGCCCUACUGAUAUAAAUGACAAAAGUAUAUCCUGUCCCGGACCAAGGAUACAGAGUGCUGGCGAGGAAGUCUCUCUUCAGGUCAGUCUGAACAAUGGCAUCUCCUUCAUUGGGAACAAACUCAUCAUAACCGGUACCAACUGUGGGAGUACCAGGGUAAGAGCCCAGGGGUAAAACUACCCUCACUGGAACUGGAAAUUUCUUAUCUUCUUACCAAUCGUGCUGGUGUUCCUCCUGUUGCUGUGCUGCUGUUGGAUAUGGUGCUGCAUAAAGCGAAAGAAAAAGCCGCCGCCGCCAGAAUCAGAGAAGGAUCCAGAAGAGAACCAGUCCCCUCCUCCUAUAUCACCACCGGCUCCUCCCAUCGCUCCUUCAUCUCCAUCACAUGUCAACCCAAGCCCUACUGUGAUUGUCGCCUGCUGUGGCUGUGGAGGCAGAGGCAUCCAGGGAAACCUGGGCCCAUGCUGCAGCUGCUUUCACCCAGGUUACCACCAGAUGCCAAUGAUGUGGUGUCAUCCCAAGGUCCAGGGGAGAUGCAACAACUUUACUCUUGUGAAUCCUAGCUGCACACAGGCCUCCUGCAGCCCAAAGCUUUGUCUUCCUUCCAAUAGAGACUAUCUCCAUCUCACGAAACCUUCAUACUCCCCAAGGAUUGUUAUUCAACCCAGCAGGGAGUGCUUUCACAUCUCCCAGGCACCCUGCAAGCCAAAGAUCUGCCUUAAAGCAGGCCAAGAAAGUCUCCCUGUUGCACCAAGCCUGUGCUCAAAAGUGUGCCAACCGAGUCAGAAGUGCUACACUCUCGACUGUUCACAGUCCUCAUACCCAAACAAGUGUACCCCAUCUCCCUCCAGGAUGCUGCCUCUGCUCCCACCCCAUGCCCGCCAAUCUGUAGAAACCCUUUGUCAAGCCUACCCUUGUCGUCCAUCCUCUAAAGAACCAUAA